AUGUACAAGUCUUCUCCGGUCGUCUUCGGCAUAGCUGGACUACUGUUUUCUGUGCCUUGCGCUGCCGUCGGCCCACAAGCGCAGUGGACUGUCGGACAAUCAGUCCAGACCUCCAGCGGGCCGGUCCGAGGACAUGCCGCUCCCCAUGCCAGCAAUGUGUCUGAGUAUCUCGGCAUUCCGUACGCCUUGCCGCCAGUAGGCAAUCUGCGAUUCCAGCCUCCUGUGAGAUAUCGGGGGAAUUCCACGAUCACUGGCGAGACAUUUGGUCCCGCUUGCAUGUCUUCGAAUCUGACAGCGUACGAUGACCGACUGCCAGACAAGCUCAUCGAGCAAUACGGAGUCACCGGGGUCGGCCAAAAGUACUUGGCGGACAUAGGGCAUCCCAACUUGACUUACAGCGAAGACUGUCUGACGCUGAAUAUCUGGACGAAGCCGCAGACCGGCGAGAAGAAGAAGGCGGUGCUGAUCUGGAUACAUGGAGGGUCCUUCGUGUCCGGAAGCUCGGCCACUCCGAUGUACAAUGGCCAGUUCUUCGCUGACCAAGAGGACAUUGUCCUUGUCUCCAUCAAGUCAACAUCCGUCCCACGCAGCUUGGUUAGAAGCCAUAUGCUAAUUCGUUCUAGCUAUCGCCUCAGCAUCUUCGGCUUCCCGGGAAAUUCGCCAAGCAGCCUCAACCUAGGUCUUUUAGAUCAGCGGCUAGCAGUCGAGUGGGUGCGAGACAAUAUCGCUGCCUUUGGCGGCGACCCGUCUCGAAUCACUCUCUUUGGAGAGUCCGCCGGCGGUACCUCUGUUGACCAUUAUUCAUACGCCUGGAAAGACGACCCUAUCGUCCAUGCCCUCAUUGUGCAAUCCGGCAACGUAGCACGCAUCGGAGGCCGCACCGCUGAGCAAGCCCGUACGUUCUGGCUCAACGCUUCGCGGGCACUCGGAUGCGGUAACCAGAGCACACAUGAUCAACAAAUCUACGACUGCAUGAUGACCAAGUCUGCUGGCGACAUAGCUCGUCACCUCGUCAACACCAUGGCCACGCCCGUCAACCUGCCCUACAGCCCGGCUCCGGACGACGUCCUCGUCUUCAGCAACUACACGGACCGCCCAGCGGCUGCUGUUCCCAUGCUCGUUGGGACCACCGACUUUGAAAACGGCCUGUUCCGCGUCUAUGUGGACAAGCCGUUACCUGAAGACGCGUGGAUCCAGCAGAAUCGGGCUCUCUUCGACUGUCCGGCGGCGGCACGAGCCAAUGUCUCCGUCCAGCAGGGCAAUCCGACUUGGAGAUACCGCUACUUCGGCGUAUUCCCGAAUAUGAUGCUCUCGACAAAGGCCCCUAGCGGAGCAUACCACUCCUCCGAGGUGCCGGUUCUCUUCGACACGGUUGCACAAGACCUCAUCGCCAAUACGGCCGAGGAAGUCGCCAUCGGACGGUACAUGCGUGGUGCAUGGGCUGCAUUUGCGCGAGAUCCGGUCUCGGGACUAGAGAGAUACGAUGGAUGGCCACAAUAUGAGGCGAGUGAGAAGACACUCAUCCGGCUGGGAUUCAGUAAUCAGACCGGGCCGAACCUGGACCAUGCGGAUCAGGUGCUCCAUGAUCAGCUUCUAGCUGCUCAUCAGCAUCUGUCGCAUCCUCAGCAAGCUCGACCCCAACCUCCUGCACCGCAACCUCCGCACAUGCAACCCAACACACCGGCUCGCGAUCAGAAUAACAUCGAUCCUGCCAUUUCCGGUGCUACCAUGCUGACCGGCCCCCCGCAAACUCCCACCCAGCCUGAUGUAACAGGCCAGGAGACCCCGAAAACCUACGGCAAACGGCCGUUAUCCACCUCGAAACGCGCCGCACAGAACCGUGCCGCGCAGCGGGCGUUCCGUCAGCGGAAGGAAGCUCAUAUCCGAGAACUGGAGGGGAAGGUGAAGGCAUACGAGAAUCUCGGGGAAGCCAUCAAAGCUUUGCAGGCGGAAAACUACCAACUUCGGGAGUACAUCAUUAACCUGCAGUCUCGCUUAUUGGAUUCGCAAGGCGAGGUUCCGGAGCUGCCUGGCAAUAUUGACCUGAGCCAACCGCGGAGUGAAAUCCCUGUGCCUUCUAUUCCAAGCUCGGGGACGACCACCUCCACUGCUCCCCCUCCUCCGACUGCACCCCAGCAACCCCAGGCUCCACACGCUCAAGCCCCCACAUCAAAUGAUGAUCUCAACUCCUUGAACCGCAUAGCUGUUGCCGGGCUUGGAAUGCGCAAACCUCCUACCGAAGAGGUCAAUUAUCUCGGCAACAACUUUCAGGCUCAGGCAAGGCGCGUCCGCCCCGAUGAAGGACAACCCGAAGCUUCCGAACUGCCCAAGCAGGAACCAACACACGGACUCCCUCUCAUAUCAUAG